GACCUAAUGUGGAACUGCCCUGCCCUCCUAGGUGGGGGGGGAGGAGGAAACCUGUGCGAGUGCAGUGUUGGUUAACACUUUGCUCAGACUAUAUGGUGAAACCAACCUGAGCCUGGACUGAAAACCUACGAGGACUCUCGGGGAUCCCAGAGGAUCAUCAGGUAGCCUACCGGAGGAGGAGAUGGGCCAGGCCGGGAACCACAUCACACUGGACUUUUUUUUUGGCGAUAGGAGGACACUGAAUAUUUGAAAACAUACCAGAAACUUAAAAAGUACAGACGGAUCCUCACAUUCUCUAACUGUAGUGUCAUGAAAUGUUCCAUCUGCUGUGAUUUGGAGUUCACCACCCGCUGGGAUACUCUCCUUGAAGAAUCAGACAGUGUUCCAGACUAAGAGAAGUGGGCAGUGUUAAGUUAUCUCGGAAAAAGGCUCACUUCUGGCUCUAAUCGCAGAGACUUCACCCAGCAGAACUGAUAAGCUAAAGGGAAGGGGGGGGGGGAAUAAUCAAUAUCUGUGGAAAUCUGAGCUCCCCACUCUGUGACCAUGAGUGAGAAAGAACAGAAAGACUGGCGCGAACUUGAACCCACCUACCCUGUCAAAAUCUUCCUGACGGUUCUGUACAGCCUCAUCCUGGUGACGGGCAUCCUGGGUAACUCGGUCACGAUCAGAGUGACCCAGGUGCUGCGGCGUAACGGCUACCUGCAGAAGAACGUGACCGACCACAUGGUCAGCCUGGCGUGCUCGGACCUGUUGGUCCUGCUCAUCGGCAUGCCGGUGGAGCUCUACAGCGCGAUCUGGUUCCCGUUCACAACCGAACAGGGGGACGCUCCGUGCAAGAUCUACAACUUCCUGUUCGAGGCUUGCAGCUACGCCACGAUCCUCAACGUAGCCACGCUUAGCUUCGAGCGCUACGUCGCCAUCUGUCACCCGUUCCGCUACAAAGCCUUGGGGGGCAAGCGCACCUCCGUCCUCAUCACCUUCGCCUGGCUGGUGUCCGUGCUCGUGGCCCUGCCGUUGCUGAUCGCCACGGGAGCGCAGGGACACAUUCCCCUCCGGGCGGACGCCCCCGCCCAGGAUCUGACUUUCUGUACCAACCUGCGGGAGCACUGGGUGAUGUACAGGGUCAGCAUCUUCGUGGCCUUCAUCGUGUACAUGGUCGUGCUGAUCGGCGUGGCCGUCAUGUGCUGGGCCAUGGUCCUGGUCCUGCGGAGACCUUUGGGAGGUGCGGAUGGCGGCGGCGGCAUCAACGGAGCUCAAGGAGCCGCCAAGCACGAAGAUUCAAAGGCCAAGACAGCCAGGAAGCAGACCAUAAUUUUUCUUGCACUGCAGCCUACAGUGGGAGACGGUCCUGCAGAUGACCGAGAGGGCGAGUCUCAUCGUGGGGUCCUUGAUGGUGUGUUGGCUUCCCAACCAGAUUCGUCGUCUUAUGGUGGCUGCCGUGCCCAAGUCCGACUGGACUAUUACCUUCUUCCGGAGCUACGUCACUCUCCACCCUGUGGGCGACUGCUUCUUCUACCUCAGCUCCGUGCUCAACCCGUUCCUCUACAACCUCUCCUCCAGACAGUUCAGGGAGGUUUUUGUCCAGGUGCUGCGGUGUCGCCUCACCAUCGAACACGUCAACAAGCGCACCGUGCGCAGCUCCCACCCCGCCUCCGCGCGCUCCCUCCAUCCCCUGCUGAAGUCGUUUCGUCGCAACAGGGCCAGCCACCCAACCCUCGCAGAAGGGAAAACUCAUCCCACCCUUACAACCAUUCAGAGUCAAAGUGACUCAGGAGUGGCUUCAAAUACUCUUAGCCUGACCGAAGAGUCUGACUCAAUUCUCCAAACAAAGACAGAUGUACCAUCGGAGAGUGAAGUAUAAUGUGCUGUACAAUUUAAUGCAACAAAAGUGAACAGUAAAAACAAGUGAGGGAUGCUUGUGCUGUGCUAUCAGAAACAAAUAAAGAGAUACUCCUUAUACACAGUAAACACAGUACAAAGUGUUAAUUCUGGAAUUUCACUAACGGAUCACGAUCAGCUGACAAUUUGGCACAAUAGCAAGCUUCAUGGGACUCCUCAAGUAUGAAAUAGUUAUCAAGUCACAAAGUGAUACACACAAAAAGCUCAAAUAUUCAGUUAGCAUGAAGACCCUUGCCUGGGUCCAGACCUUUGAAUCCGCCUACAUCCCCCAGUUGACUUGAUUUGUCUGGCAUUGUGAUGUGAAGUGGCGGUUUGUCGAUUGACAAACGUUCGACCCAAUGAGCGCCGCUGGGGUACUAACGAUCGACCCGAUGAGCGCCGCUGGGGUACUGACGACCCAAUCAGCACCAGGGGUGGGACUAACGCUGUAUAAAGCGUUGUCAAGCUGUGUUUACAUAGACAGCAUGUCUUUCAAUAUCUCCCAACAUCGUAUUUUGUUGUUGCUUCGCUUCGCUCCACUAAAGGAAAACUUUGCCGAUCCUCAACCAGCUCUUAUACUGUAUUAGUACAUGCAUGUGGAAAAGUUUGCGAUGUGUUAACCUGCAGACCCCUGCCAGUGAGUAAAGUUUUUUUUACACUAGACGCAUCCAAGGUGGUGCGCGCCAUCGUGACGUCAAAAUGACGUAAUAUCCUGCCGGCGCGCCCGAUUUAUGGCGCGCGAGCCGAGGUCGCGCACAGCUCUUUAUUUAUUUUUUUUUUCAGUGGUGCGCGACAGAGCCGAAACGAGUUCGCCGACAACCAGAUGCUAGGACUCUCCCAGUGACUGCAAGUCUCUCAUGUAAACUUACUGCGUUAAGAUGAGUUAUUUUAUGGCGAAUGAAAGGCUUGAUCCGACAAAGUAGCUCAUCGAAUCAAAUCGAAGCAUUGACGGCAAUUCUGCCAGUUCUGCCAUUGUUUACCUUUUUCUUCUUCUAGUCCGUAGAAAGAGCAACGUCGGUAGCCUUUGCUCAUUAGCGCCACCGCUGUUCAGGAGAAGACUGCAACUAGCGUCGCGAGCACCAGCGCGGGUAUAAAUACUCACGGCGAUCCCAUGACGUCACAUUUGUACGCGCCAGCUGGGCUGUGUCUAGUAUAGAAGACGCUUAAGUGGGGAGCUGUGGGCGCGCAGGCAACACGGAGGGACACACCGUUUAUCUGCACACACUGCCCACACUGCAAUGACACAAAGCUGGUUGAAAAUUGGUAGAUUUUCACUUAAAAACAACGGCAAAACCAGUAUGUUGGAUUGGUUUACCAUCAGUGUGGAAUACUGAUUGGUUAGGAAAAAAUGUAAUCCUGGUCCGCGAUUAAAAAAAAAAA